CGGAAGUGAACAGUGACGGAGUACAAGUUCCACUUCAGCGUUUUUAUUUUUGUUAUUUAGACAUUCAUCAACACCAUGUAACUCAAAAUAUUACUAAUUUAACUGCACGGCAUAACAUACAUACCCCUAGGUGGUGUUUAAUUCACGUUGGAGACAGGACUUAAUAUAUGUUAUCUAGUUAACGCUAGCAAGGAGCUAACAAUGGCUAACUGUAUGGUUUAUCACACUCAAAUAGCCUCCAUCAUGGAGGUACUAGCGAAUGCAGCCGUGGCGGAGAUCUGUAAACUCGUAGACGACGACUAUGCAGUGAUCCGUUUGGAAAUGUCUCAAAGCCAGAAAGAAAACAGGGCAAUGCGGAGAAAACUACAGCUACUGGAACUGAAGAUUGCACGGGAGCGCGCAGAGCGCGUCCUCGCCAGUCGUCCCAGUAGUGUCAAGAUCCUCGACCGAUACAGAGGAAUGGCAAAAGGUGAAGGACAUCUCACUGGAGGCCACAGGGUCUUGGCGAAGCCAGCGGGACACAAUACAUGGAGAGAUGACCAACCAAUCACUGUUGAUGAGGGGAGUGGAACCUCAACCCAGCACAUUAUUGUGAUAGAGUCUGCAGAUGCAGAGGCUGUAGAUCCUGGGGUCAAGCAGGAGAGGUCCGAAGGAAAGGAGCUACAACACAGCAGAGACAUGACUGGAUCAGCGGCUGGAGUAGCAUCCCCUGUAGCCACGGAGGACUCUACCACCGCCCCAGCGCAGCCCAGGACGCGACGCAGCAUCACGGAGGAGGCGAAGGGUCCAGAGGUGCUGCUGGUGAAGGAGGAGGAGGGUCUGGGGAACCCUGAGGGGACCAUGGUCAUGGAGGACAACCAGACUACACCUCCUCCUGAACCCACAGAGGAGCCAGCUGAGCAGUACAGGACCACACACAGUCUCACUGAGUCAGUAGACAUGGUGGAUGGAAAGCCUGAUCUGCUGCUGGUCAAAGAGGAGACCAUAGAAGAUGGACUAGAGAGCAUUGAUCUGCUGAGUGGAAUAAAGAUGGGGGAGCAAGGUGGUUGGCUGGAAGCUAAAAGAGGAGACUGGGUGACCAUAUUGGAUUCCCAGACCCAGACUGGUGCAGCCAAGGGCCCGGGGGAUGACAUCACUGAGCAGGCCAGGACCAGAGGAGACCUAGUGGAGUCUGCAGUCCAUGAUGAUCUGCUGAUAUCCGGUGUUGCUGGCGGGAGAGACUGGACAAAUGAAGCGGCUGGUCACAAACCCUGGCCACGGAUCAGAACCCUGGAUCAGGAGCCGUUUCUUUUCCUUCCCAAGUCAGGACCAGGACCGAACCACAAAGGACCGAGACUCCACCACCACACAGAACACAACCACUGGACAGGUGGACUGAACAACCUCAGUCCUGGUGGUCAUCAGAGAGACAGAGGCUCCAGUCAGGGAUCCAGUCUGCAGCCCAGACCCUUCUCUUCACAGUCUCAGUGCAAGAAUGAAGCAGGGCCUGGGCCUGAUAGAGAUAGACCCUCCUGUUCCUAUGAUACAAACACCACAGUAUCCAUGAUGAACAGAGCAGGUCACCCUGGGCUUCAGCCUUCACAUAGAGUGGUGGGAGACCCCCCUGAUGGUAGUCUAUCAGCAAGUGUGUCUUCUCCUUCAGGGUCUUGUCUAAUGCCUGGUGACUGGGUUCAUAGAAAGCCUGGACCUGGGUCUAGCCUUCCUCAGUUACCUCAUGGUUACCCCACCAAUACAGACAGGGUCAGAAUAGGUGUUCAUCACAAGAGGUACCUAGCCUAUAACACAACACACAAUCCCAACAACACCCAAACAAUGGCUAGAGGUCAAGGAGGGAGCUCAAAGACUAACCACCUGGGGGUGGUGGCUCCUGCUUCUACCUCCGCUGGUGUCAUUGGGUCACAAUGUGGUAGGCCGAGUGUUAGGACAGACGCUGACAAGCCGUAUGCCUGUCCCACGUGUGGGAAGCGUUUUGCUAAGGUGAACUAUGUGAAGCAGCACCAGACUGUUCACACCAAGGAGAGGCCCUUCAUGUGUAAGCUGUGUUACAAGAGGUUUUCCUUCCUUAGUAACCUCAUCAGACAUAGGAGUGUCCACAAUGGGGAGAAAUCAUAGCAGUGUGGCUUGAGAUGUAGGCUAUAUAGGGGAUGUCUGGGCCGUUGUGAAGUCAGAUGCACGGAUCAACGUGUCCCAGUGUGCGAGCAGAAUUGAGGAACGGACAAUUUGCCAAUGCUCUGAGUUUACGUACGAACACACCCUAUAUUCACCCUCUGAAUUGAGUUUGGCCUAAAUUCUAUUCAUAACAAAUAUAAUGUCCCUCGUUUUUAUAACACGCCUAGUCUGUGUACCAGUCUUUUUAGCUAACUUUCCACUCCAUGUCAUUGCCAAAGAGACUGGCCUUUCUGACGUUUCAACAAAUCAGGAUCAACUCCUCUGUUAUUAACCUCCAGAUCAUUGUAGAGUUCAUAUUUGAAAAUGGAAGGAGAUUGGCCUUUCUGCAAUCUCAACGUUCAAUAAUAUGCCGCUGGAUUUACAGCGGAGUUGCUCAUUGGUUGUUGGAAAUAACCUUAAUAUUUCCCACGACAUGUGGAGCCUCAAAUAGAAAUAUAACGUCAAAAUCUAAAAUGUUGCUGUUCGCUAUGCAAUAGGCUUUGUGGCUAGAAUUACAGUAUGUAUUUAGUUUGAGAGUUUAGAUUUGAGCUAACAAUUUAGCAGACUGGUUACUUCUGGACAAACAAAGAACGAUUGCUUAGCAACCGGAUACCAGCGUGUUCUGUGGGGGUAAAAAGCGACAGUUCCAAUAUUUAGAUACUAUUUGUGAUUGGAGGAAAGCUGUGAGGGUUAUCUAAUCAGGAUCCACUCAUCUGUUAACCUCCAGCUCAUGAUAGAAUGUUCAUUUUUGAAAAUGGCCGGAGUGGAAUGUUAGUUAAAGAGACUGGUACUCAGGCUAUAACACCCCCGCCAAAAACAUUAUUUGAUAUAGUCAGGUGGUACCUGUUCCUUUAUGUGCUAUAAUUAGGUGAUCAAAUCUGUUAAUACAUGAGAAUUCAUGUUGUCCUUUUGAUGUGUUGAUUUUGAUUUGCUUGUUUAUAAUGGCUUCCUUCUAACCUCUUGGUUUCUGUCUUUGCCACAGAUGGGAUCUCGCCAGUCAUUCGUUUUUAGGUCAAUUACUGAUUGCGCUGAGCUUGGAAAGGGUUUCCACUAUAUUCCACAGCCACAAAGUAAAGAUUGCCUAUAUCGUGGAAAUUCAUGAAAACAAAAAUGUACUUUUUGGUCUUUAAGGUUAGAGUUAGGCAUAAGGUUAGUAGUGUGGUUGCCUCUUUUAGAACCCAAGAGUGAAAUACUUACGCACUGGUCCCUAACAUGUAGGCUCAGCAUUCCUGAACAGUCCCAUUACAAGGCGGAAUGUUGUACAGACUUCAUUUCAAUUUACUUUACCUGUUGUCCGCUGAGUUUGUCCAUAUGUCGGAGGUAAUCUGAUUCAAAAUAUCCACAGGGAAGUAUUAGUAUUGGAGCGACCCGCACAGACAGCUGUGUGUUAUGUGUUAGGCUAGUAGGUGGUUGUGUUGUACUUACCAGUACCCAGUGUUCGCGGAGUCCGACAUGCCAAUCAACCUGCUAUCUGCCCAUCACGGGAAUGCCUGGAAUGUUCUGAUGCCGGGCAUCCUGGCGGUUGGCGGAGUGGCGUGGCGUGGAGGCCCAUUCUCAGCAAACAUCACUCCUGUGUUCC